AUUCACCCAUACUUAAAUCAUAAAGAAUGUACAUUGAAAACACAUCCCGCUUCACCCGAUUCUUUCCACUUCUUUUCUGAGCAUUCUGCUAAACUCCUACACAUUACAGCUAUCACCCCAAAAUAUACCAAUUAAACUACUCCAACCCCAUUAAAUAAAAUCACCCAUUCAUAUUAUUUCACACCCUACUCCAAACCCAUCUUCACCAUGACAAUAGCUUAAACCAUACUCAUUCUCCGUUAAAAAGCCAACCACUAUAGAAUUACCCAGAUCAAAAAAUGAUCACAGGAAAAGACAUAUACGAUGUAUUCGCCGCCAUAAUACCAUUAUACGUAGCAAUGAUCUUAGCAUACGGUUCAGUACGAUGGUGGAAAAUCUUCACACCAGAUCAAUGUUCAGGAAUCAACAGAUUUGUAGCAGUUUUUGCAGUCCCACUUUUAUCAUUUCAUUUUAUAUCAACAAAUGAUAUUUACAAAAUGAACUAUCAUUUUAUUGCAGCAGAUUGUUUACAAAAAGUGGUGAUUUUGGGUGCACUUUUUUUAUGGCUUAUAAUAACAAAAAAAGGGAGUCUUGAAUGGAUGAUUACACUUUUUUCUUUGUCUACUUUGCCUAAUACACUUGUGAUGGGUAUUCCACUUUUAAAGGCUAUGUAUGGGGAUUUUAGUGGGAGUUUAAUGGUACAAAUAGUGGUUUUACAGAGUAUAAUAUGGUAUACUCUUAUGUUGUUUUUGUUUGAGUUUAGAGGGGCUAAGUUGUUGAUUUCUGAACAGUUUCCUGAGACUGCUGCUUCUAUUACUUCUUUUAGGGUUGAGUCUGAUGUCGUUUCUCUUAAUGGUAGGGAGCCUUUGCAGGCAGAUGCAGAAAUAGGAGACGAUGGAAAGCUACACGUAGUAGUAAGAAGAUCAACAGCCUCAAGCAUGGUAUCAGGCUCUCAUUACAACAAAUCCCACAUCCAUUCCUUAACCUCAAUGACUCCCCGUGCAUCCAACCUUACAGGUGUCGAAAUCUACAGCAUUCAAUCCUCACGUGAGCCUACUCCACGUGCUUCCAGUUUCAACCAAACUGAUUUCUACGCCAUGUUUGCCAGCAAAGCUGCUAGUCCAAGACAUCCUGUUUACCCACAAGGUAGUGUUAGUGGGGAUGUUUUUUCUUUGCAAUCUUCUAAGGGUCCCACACCUAGAACAUCUAAUUUUGAUGAAGAAAUCAUUUUUAGACAACAACAACAACAAUUACAAGGUGGGAAUAAGCGGAGGUUUGGGAGGAGUAUGAGUGGGGAGUUGUAUAAUGGUAGUGGUGGUGGGUCUCUUCCUCCUUAUCCGCCGCCCAACCCGACAAUUGUGGGGACCACAAGUGGUGGUGGUGGGAGGAGGAAGGAUUUGGUUGGAAAUGGAAAUAGUACACCUCCUAAUAAGGAGUUGCAUAUGUAUGUGUGGAGUUCGAAUCAGUCACCCGUUUCGGAACAUAUGAAGAAUUCUAAUGUUAUGAAUAAUAAUAAUAAUAAUAAUAAUAAUAAUAAUAAUAAAGGAGGGAUGACUAAUAAUGACUUGGGGAUUUUGGAUUCUUCUAAGGCUGUGCUUCAACAAGAGAUUGCUGCUGCUAGAGCUGGGAUGAACAAUUUUCCAGAGAACACAAGUGAAAGUGGAAAAGGGAAUGGAGAUAAAAUAUCAUCAGUAUAUAAUGAGAAGAAUAAAGUAUUAGCAGAUGACAUGGAAGAAGGAAAUGUAGAAAGGAAACACCAAAUGCCACCAGCAAGUGUUAUGACUAGACUCAUUCUCAUCAUGGUUUGGAGGAAACUUAUUCGUAAUCCCAACACUUAUUCUAGUCUUUUAGGUUUAACUUGGUCUCUUAUUUCUUACAGGUGGAACAUUGAAAUGCCCACAAUAGUGAAAGGAUCAAUUUCAAUUUUGUCAGAUGCAGGUUUAGGAAUGGCCAUGUUCAGUCUAGGGUUAUUCAUGGCAUUACAACCAAGAAUGAUAGCAUGCGGAAAAAGAGUGGCAACAUUUGCAAUGGCAGUGAGAUUCUUGACUGGUCCUGCCGUUAUUGCUGCUACUUCUAUCGCUAUUGGACUUCGUGGUGUUCUUUUACACGUUGCUAUUGUUCAGGCUGCUCUUCCUCAAGGUAUUGUGCCUUUUGUGUUCGCUAAGGAGUAUAAUGUUCAUCCAGAUAUUCUAAGCACAGCGGUUAUAUUUGGAAUGUUGAUUGCCUUACCCAUCACAAUAUUAUACUACGUGCUUCUUGGACUAUAAUCAUGGAUAUAGCUUAUAAUGGAUUUAAGUGAACCUAUCAAGAAGACAAGGGAUCAUACAUUAAUAAUUGACAAAAAUAUUUAAUGUUAAUUGAAGUGAAUUUUGAAAAAUCAAUAUUUGAAUUCAAUAUAGAUUUUAAAAGAUAGUACUACAACAUUUUUGUUUAAUUUAGUCAUCUUUUAGAUUGAUCUUUGAUUAUUUCUCAGUCACAAAAUUUAAUAAAAGUGUAAAUCU